GGCGCGCGGCGCGGCCAUACCAGAAGAUUGGGGGAAAAAAUUUGGCGGGCGAUUCAAACCAACAAAUAAAAGCAUAUAUAACAUACGGACAUUUUCAUUUGACACCCUUCUGGUUCUGGCCUAUAGGUGUCCACACAUUUAUUCCCGCACUACCCUCAUAUUCUCAAUUUGUUUUCUUCUCUGCCCUCGGAACAUCGAUGGAUCAGCCCCCAUCGUCUGCUGCUAGACGCAGCUUGAAGCGCAAGCUCGAACAGGAAUUCGCGGAAGAAGGAGCAGAUCAACCAACGGCCGAUCGUAAAGUUUUGGUUGUUGAACCUCAACAGCCUCGUCAGGAUCUGUUGAGUGAAAUUGUGUCGCAAGUCACUAUUCUCAACUCCACUUUCUCAUCCUCUCAGUCGGAUCGCCUAGCGGCCAAGCGUGCUGUUCAUGUUCUCUGUGAACUCGCAAAGAACGAGGAAAUCGUGAAUAGUAUAGUCGAUUGCGGAGCCAUUCCUGCUUUGUUGAGGCAUCUGAAAGCACCAGAACCGGUUAGAGAAGGUCAUGGUGGUCCCAAGCCUUACGAGCAUGAGGUGGAAAAGGGAUGUGCCUUCGUCAUUGGACUUCUUGCUGUUAAACCAGAGCAUCAACAACACAUUGUCGAUGCUGGAGCUUUGCCCUAUCUUAUGGAUUUGUUGAAGAGGCACAAGACCUGUGGCAAUUCUCGGGCACUUACUGGUCUUAUAAGGAGAGCAGCUGAUGCCAUCACGAACCUUGCGCAUGAAAAUGGCAUCAUCAAGACCCGUGUUAGGAUGGAAGGUGGUAUCCCUCCUCUUGUUGAAUUGCUUGAAUUUGAUGAUGCAAAGGUACAAAGGGCAGCUGCAGGGGCUCUACGAACUCUUGCAUUUAAAAAUGAUGAGAACAAAAACCAGAUUGUUGGAUGCAAUGCGCUACCUACUCUUAUACUAAUGCUUGGAUCAGAGGAUGCUGCAAUACAUUCUGAAGCAGUUGGCGUGAUUGGAAAUCUGGUCCACUCUUCUCCAAACAUAAAGAUGGAAGUUCUUCUAGCUGGAGCUCUACAACCUGUUAUUGGAUUACUUAGAUCUUGCUGUUCGGAGAGUCAAAGAGAAGCAGCCCUUUUGAUUGGUCAAUUUGCUGCAACAGAUUCUGAUUGCAAGGUUCAUAUUGCUCAAAGAGGGGCUAUCCAGCCACUGAUUGACAUGCUUAAGUCUCCAGAUGCACAGCUUCGGGAAAUGUCGGCUUUUGCACUUGGGAGACUGGCUCAGGACACACACAAUCAAGCUGGUAUUGCUUAUAGUGGAGGUAUAGAGCCUCUACUCAACCUUCUGUGCUCGAAGAAUGGAGCUCUCCAACAUAAUGCAGCCUUUGCUCUAUACGGUCUUGCUGAUAAUGAGGACAAUGUUGCGGAUAUUAUUAAGGUUGGCGGUGUUCAAAAACUACAGGAUGGAGAUUUCAAAGUUCAACCUACAAAAGAGUGCGUAGGAAAGACAAUGAAAAGAUUAGAGGAGAAAAUGCAUGGGCGAGUGCUGAAACAAUUAUUGUAUCUUAUGCGUUUUGGAGAAAAGGUUGUUCAAAGAUGCGUGGCUCUGGCUCUUGCUCAUUUAUGUACCCCUGAUGAUCGCGAAUUUAUUUUUGUUGACAACAACGGACUUGAGUUGUUGCUGGAUCUUCUUGAAUCCACAAACAUCAAACAGAAACGUGAUGCUUCAAUGGCACUUCACUCGUUGGCUGUCAGAACCACAUCUGUCUCUCCUUUUGAUGGUGCUCCUCCAUCCCCGACUCCUCAGGUAUACUUGGGCGAGCAAUAUGUAAACAAUCCUACACUUUCUGAUGUCACGUUUUUAGUUGAAGGUAAACGCUUCUAUGGCCACCGAAUUUGCUUACUUGCUUCCUCUGAUACGUUUCGAGCAAUGUUUGAUGGUGGUUACAGGGAAAGGGAAGCCAAAGAUAUAGAGAUUCCUAAUAUUAAAUGGGAUGUCUUUGAGUUGAUGAUGAGAUUCAUUUACACAGGAACCGUCGAUGUCAAUUUGGAUAUUGCUCAGGAUCUCCUAGGAGCUGCUGAUCAGUAUCUUUUGGACGGUCUUAAAAGACACUGUGAAUGUGCAAUUGCUCAGGAUGUCUCCGUGGAAAAUGUUUCUCUUAUGUACGAGUUAUCAGAGGCAUUCAAUGCCAUGUCACUCAGGCAAGCAUGCAUACUAUUUCUGUUGGAGCAAUUUGAUAAACUGAGCGCCAAACCAUGGUAUUGCCGGCUGAUGCGUCGCAUCGUACCAGAUAUACGCGAAUUUUUCAGAGGUUUACUCACCAAGCCUACACGAGCGGACUCGUGAUUUAGGUUGAGUCUCAAAACAACUCGGGAAAAAUGGUGAAAAUGUAUAUAAGUGUAAAUGUUUUGAUAGGAAACAUGAGGUCAUUUAUUGUCAAUGAGCUUGUGAUGUAGGGAAGAUUAAAUACGUAGUAGUAUUUUAUUACUUAGAAGCUAGGAUGUAGGAUGCUAAUCCCACCAUUCUUUUAAUUCCAUUUUUGGACUUGGUUCGGGCCGUAGCAAAGACAGCUAGCAUCAUCCUAUAUCAAGAGAAUGCUGGUUAACGGUUCUGGCUGCGGUCACUGGUAAUGAAUAGAGCAAUGGUUUCUUGUCA